GGGAAGGAAGGUGGUGGCGGCCCGGCGAGGGGGGGGAAGGGGGCGCUGACCCGGAUGUUCACUCUUGGGCACCCGGGGAAGUGGAAGCGCCGGGCCCUGCUGCGGGGGGGAGAGCUACAGACGCCGGGACAGGGACCGUCGCCGCUGCCGCCACCAUGAGCGAUCAACAGCUGGACUGUGCCUUGGACCUAAUGAGGCGCCUGCCUCCACAGCAGAUCGAGAAAAACCUCAGUGACCUGAUCGACCUGGUCCCCAGUCUGUGUGAAGAUCUCCUGUCUUCUGUUGACCAGCCCCUGAAAAUUGCCAGAGACAAGGUGGUGGGCAAGGAUUACCUUUUAUGCGACUACAACAGAGAUGGGGACUCCUAUAGGUCACCGUGGAGUAACAAGUAUGAUCCUCCUUUGGAAGAUGGGGCCAUGCCGUCUGCUCGCCUGAGGAAGCUGGAGGUAGAGGCCAACAAUGCCUUCGACCAAUACCGAGACCUGUAUUUUGAAGGUGGCGUCUCGUCUGUCUACCUCUGGGAUCUGGAUCACGGCUUUGCUGGAGUGAUCCUCAUAAAGAAGGCUGGAGACGGGUCAAAGAAGAUCAAAGGCUGCUGGGAUUCUAUCCAUGUGGUGGAAGUGCAGGAGAAGUCCAGUGGCCGGACCGCCCAUUACAAGUUGACCUCCACGGUGAUGCUAUGGCUGCAAACCAACAAAUCCGGCUCGGGCACCAUGAACCUGGGAGGCAGCCUGACCAGACAGAUGGAGAAAGAUGAAACCGUGAGCGACUGCUCCCCACACAUAGCUAACAUCGGGCGCCUGGUGGAGGACAUGGAAAAUAAAAUCAGAAGUACACUGAAUGAGAUCUACUUUGGAAAAACAAAGGAUAUCGUCAAUGGGCUGAGAUCUCUUGACGCUAUCCCUGACAACCACAAGUUUAAGCAGUUGCAGAGGGAGCUUUCUCAAGUGCUGACCCAGCGCCAGGUCUACAUCCAGCCUGAUAAUUGAGCCGAUCCAGGUCUGUGCAGACGUUUGCAGACAAAUCAAAGCAAGAAGCUCUCAAGAACGACCUGGUGGAGGCCUUGAAGAGAAAGCAGCAGUGUUAAAACCUCUGCUUCGCGCUAACCGGACACGCCAUGCACUCGUUAGAUUCCUUUCUUAGAAACUCAUUUUCUGCUCCUUUUCCCUCUUCCUCUCCCUCCCCGAUGGGUCACAUAACAGUUUGCAUCGACCACGCAGCGCCAUCGCUCCCCAAGAAUAAAGCCCGAUAACCACCUUCCUCUGGCUCCACGGCCCGCUUCCCACGCCGUUUCCGUAGAGACCGUGUGGUUUCUGUUCGCCUGGGCCCCGUCUUCCUCCCCUCUCCAUUUAUAAGCAUAAAUACACUGUCAGCCACUGCGCCCUCCCAUCUUUUUGUUACAUUGGUGUAAAAAAUGUAAAACAAAAAAAUUUUAUGAACUAACUGGUGUGUGAAAGAGAAGAAAAACUGGAAAUCUGA